AUCGCCGCUAUUCCAGAAUGAGGUCCACUCAGCUUUGUGCAAGGAUGCCGAAACCAUUAAAUUUCUGAGAAAACUCGACGCGUAAAAACAAUUGGGACAGGUCGUCAUUUUCAGGAGUCACCACUCACCUUGAGUGACCACAGCCUGCUCACCAUAAUCAAGUUCAGCCGCCAACAGUGGUGAUUUCCUUUAUUGUGUAACUGUUGAUUGUUCAAAAAACAAUCAAUAUGGAUGUGUAGUAGUAUAAAAUACGCGUCUUCAGAGAUUUAUAUGGAUAAAACCGUACAAAUUGGUAUAUCUUUGGAUGGCGAAUACGCAAGAGAUUUUGGGAUUUGCGAAUCCAGACAAUUUUGAAGAUGAGGAAAAUGACCCUGUUAAUUACAAGAAAAAGGGUGCAAAGAAAUGUGGUGGCUUUCAAGCCAUGGGACUUAGUCAUCCCGUUUUGAAUGGAAUUUUAAGGAGAGGCUAUAAAAUUCCAACUCCGAUUCAAAGAAAGACAAUUCCAUUGGCCUUGGAAGGUCGAGAUGUCGUGGCGAUGGCUCGAACCGGAAGUGGAAAAACAGCUUGCUUUCUGAUUCCACUUUUCGAAAAGUUAAAAGCUCGCCAAGCAAAAACUGGUGCGAGAGCUUUAAUUCUUUCUCCAACUCGUGAGUUGGCUUUACAAACUCUUAAAUUUAUCAAGGAGAUCGGAAAAUUCACUGGCUUAAAAGCUGCAGUAGUUUUGGGUGGAGACAGCAUGGACAAUCAAUUUUCAGCGAUUCAUGGAAGUCCUGAUAUUAUUGUAGCAACUCCUGGUCGAUUUUUGCACAUUUGUAUCGAGAUGGAUUUGAAUCUGAACAGUAUUUGUUACGUGGUUUUCGAUGAAGCUGAUCGGCUUUUUGAAAUGGGUUUUGGCGAGCAGAUCCACGAAAUAGCGAAUAGACUUCCCCAAAAUCGACAAACGCUUCUUUUUUCUGCCACUUUACCAAAAGUUUUGGUUGAAUUCGCUAAAGCUGGACUCGGUGAUCCAAUUCUUUUGCGUUUGGACGUCGAAAGUAAACUUCCAGAUGAAUUAACUCUUUCUUUCAUUACCUGUAGACCUGAAGAAAAACUCGCAGUGCUUCUCUGUUUGUUGAAAAAUAUUAUUAAACCAGAGUCACAAACGGUUAUUUUUGCUGCUACUAUGCAUCAUGUGGAUUAUAUUCAUCAGCUUUUGGAUAAGGCCAAUAUUACAAACACAUUUAUUUAUUCAAAUCUGGAUCCUACUGCUCGUAAAAUUAACGCAGCGAAGUUCCAAAAUGGAUCAAUCAAAGUCCUUGUUGUGACGGACGUAGCAGCUAGAGGAUUAGAUAUUCCACAUCUGGAUUGUGUUAUAAAUUACAACUUCCCUGAAAAAAGCAAAGUCUUCGUUCACAGAGUUGGACGUUGUGCUCGAGCGGGACGAACUGGAACUGCUUACAACAUAAUUUGUCCGGAUGAGUAUGCUUAUCUGCUAGAUUUACAUCUCUUUCUGGGCCGUUCCUUCCAUAUAAUUCCUCCUUCAGGAAGUGGAGAUAUUCCAGAGGGAGCGAUAGGAAAAAUGCCUCCGUCGAUGGUUGAAGAGCAACUGGCGGAACUUAUUAGUUGGCACGAAAACACAGCGGACUUGCAAAGUACAGAGCAAGUUUGUAACAAUGCAUACCAACAAUAUCUCAGAUCGAGGCCAGCAGCUUCGACAGAAAGUUGUAAAAGAGUGAAGAAUUUGAAUAUAGGCGAUGCAGGAAUAAUUCCCGAAUUCUGUGAUAUUAAAUCGAAAGAAAUUCAGAAUUCUAACUCGGAUAUUUUGGCCAGAAUGAAAAAUUACAGACCACCUGGUACGGUAUUUGAAAUAUGCAGUAGGAACACAGCAGUGGAUUACAAGGUAAUGAAAACCAAGCGAGCUUUUCACAAAGACAGUAUCCGGGAUUUUCACAGAAAGAAGGAAGAAAGGGAGGUAACUGCAAUGAAGUGUGUUGAAAGUCCUGCUUCAAAACUAACGCUUGCAUCGAGCAGUGCUGAUGAAAUAAAAGCCGCUUUCAAUGAAGUAAUAAUUCCAAAGAAAAGAAAAAUGGAUGAUCUUUACAAACCCUCGAAAAAGAAGAAACAGAAAACAAUCCGCGAUGAUGAAUUUUAUAUUCCCUAUACUGCACCAGAUAAACACACAGAAGACGGAUUGGCAGUUAAUGCAUUUGCGAAGGAUGCAGAAAAGUUGCAGGUGGAUUUGAUGGCCGAUAGCGAAGAGACGAGACGUUUGCAAACGCAAGUGAAAAAGUGGGAUCGUAAAAAAAAGAAGAUGGUCACCAUAAAUAAUACGUCUAAAAUUGGGAAGAUUCGAUCAGAAUCCGGUGCGUGGAUUCCUGCGUCCUACAAAACUAAUCGGUAUUCUCAAUGGCAAGAAAAGAACAAAGUGGAUUCGUUAAAUGAUCGCUAUGACGACGAAGAAGAAUCGCCCAAGACUCAAAGACUAAAAACAGGAGCGAACACUCACUGGGCUCGACAUAACCAGAAAAUGAAGGACAAGGUCAAAGGAAAGUCUGAAUUGAAGAGGCCAGAGGAAAUUUUGAAGGCUCGUUUAAUUCGCGAAAAGAGAGAAAACAGAGGUAGAAAGAAAAAGGGGAAAAGCGGCGGUCAAAGGGGAGGCGGUCAAAGAGGUGGCGGUCAAAGAGGUGGAGGAGGAGGAGGACGCCAAAGAGGUGGAGGAGGCGGAGGCCAAAGAGGUGGAGGUAGAAGGGGUGGAAGGCGAUAA